AAAUUUCAGCAUAAAAUUGGUUGCUAAUUAUGUUGACAUUUUCUUAAAUCGUUGGGAAUAUAUAAAAGAGCUCUUCGAGCUGAAACCAAAAUUUGAUGUAGUAAAGUGGCUUCGGAGAUAUCAUAAUGUCUAAGAUGUUUUCAGUUCCUGUCUUUGUUUUGGCAAUACUUGUUGUAACAGAUGCGAGUCUUGAUGAAGACUUCAGUUGCGAAAGAUACCAGGAUGUACGCGGGACAUUUAAGGACUGCUUGAGAGAGCAUGAUGUUUUGGAUUUUAGACGUAUGAUUGGGGAACUAAUGGGUGAUGACGUCAUUGAAGGCGAUGAACUUUAUGCGGAACUUACGGCGAUUUGCAGUAAUCGAGAUAUAGAAGAAAACAUCGCAUACUGUGUUGAAAGGCUCGUCACAGAUUGUCCAGCACUAGAAGAGAUAGUAAACAGAACAAUCGAAAACAAGUUUUCAUUCUUUUAUGAGAACAACCAACCCUCAAGUAUUCUCAGUGCAGCAUUACAGCAUGGCUAUAUGUUCAACAACAAUUGCUCCAUUAGAAUGCAAGAUCAAGGGGUGGAAGCAAUGAGAACUUGUGCGAUGGAAGCUUUUUCCGGCGAUGACCUUAGCAAUUUCCCUGUGGGCGAUGUUCUGUCAGCAUAUCUAAAAAUCGGACGCAACUGGUUUCAGUGUAGUCUGACAGAAAUCAGAGAUGAAUUUUCAGAUGUAUUAGAAUGCGGGUCAACAUUGCGGGACAUGUUUAUGACUUUUGCAAUAUUCCUGUCGGGCAGUGGCUACCUUACACCGACGCUAACAGCGAGUGACAUGGCUGUGUUCGAGAAUGCUUAACAAAGGCGACUGUCACACAGGAGACAAGACUAGAAAUAUUUCAGUUAUGGUACAGACAUUCACGCAGUUAACAUACUGGGCGAUGUAUGUACUUGAAGUGCUUUGCUUUGGAAUUACACGAAAAUGAACUGUUAUACGUAUUAAAUAAUUAUUUUAA